AUGAUAAUAAACAAAUUUGCACUUCUGUUUUUCUGCGUCCUAAGGUGCCUAAGCACGAACGAAGAAAGUAAACAAAUAAUCAUCCUGAACGAUGAAAUAACAACCAUUAAAAGUCCUAUACACUGCAUCAGCGACAUUUAUUUCGUGUUCCGAAAUGAAUUAUACAAAACCUGCGUGCAGCAUGUCACCCAGGGAAAGACAGAGAUACAUGUCCUCGUGCAAAAACAAGUCAAUAGCACAUGGGAAACGCAACAGAAGCUGUUAGAACAUAAAAGAUGGUUUCAACUGCCAGCCGUGUUCAGUUUCGUACAGGACAAUGAAAUUAUUAUUAUCGUGUGCAAAUAUAAAGGUAUCACCAGUAGAGAAGGAACCACAUGUGAACGAUGGAACAGCAGCACCGGCACAAAUUACACUAAGGAGCUUGUUAACAUUGAGCAAGAAACAUUUGAAAAGCAAAAUUUGGACUCAUACGCAGCAGAUCCUCUAACAGUUAAAGAUAAAAAAAUGCUUCACAUUUGCGGUAUGCGCUCCUAUGAGUUCCAAAAUGAGGACAAGGACAGUUUCAUUUCUUGUGUGGCCAGUGAAGACAAGGGAAAGACCUGGCGAACCAAAAUAAUAAUACUGUACGAACAAUUCAAAAAAAGAGUGGCCUACUUCUACCUGCGACCCCUGGUGUUUGCCGACGAGUUCGGGUUCUACUGCUACUCCCGAGUAAGCACCAACGACACAGACCGGGGAGGAAAAUAUAUGAAGUGUACCCAAGAGGCCACGUACGAAAAAAAUAAGGAAUAUAAGUUCAGAUGCGAAGAUGUCAAUCUCAUUAAACAGGACAAGUCACUGCAAAAUGUUACUAAGCUAAACGGAUACUACAUAACCAGCUACGCGAAGAAAAACAACUUCAAUGAAUGCUACCUAUACUACACAGAGAGUAACGCCAUAGUUGUGAAACCCACAGUGCACAACGUCGACCUGAACGGAUGCUACGGAGGCUCCUUUGUAAAAGUGAAUGAGGGCAAGGUGCUCUUCAUUUAUUCCACUGGCUAUGGAAUUCAGAACAUACACACGCUGAAUUAUACAAGGUAUGACUGA